AUGAAUCCUGCCGACCAGAAUCCUCCGAUCAACACUCUCUAUAUCGGCAACUUACCCGCGAUCUCGCCUCCCACGCACCCUCCGAACUUCCUUGAGGAGUCUCUGAGGGCCUUGUUCCAGCGCCGCCCUGGCUUCAAGCGCAUGUCUUUCCGCCAGAAGAUCAACGGGCCCAUGUGUUUCGUGGAGUUUGAAGACAUUCCUUACGCGACUCAGGCCAUGCGGGAGCUGUACGGCAACACGCUCAGCGGCCUGGUCAAAGGUGGUAUCCGUCUCUCGUACUCCAAGAACUCCCUCGGCCAGCGAGGAAACUCGCACCAGCAGGCUAUGAACCAAUCCAUGUUCGGCGGUAUCGCUCAUACCGUGGCGCUUGCCGGCAUGUCUUCUGGUCCUUCUGGAAACCAGAUGGGUCCGAACCCUGGCGGUUACGCUAUGGCUGCUUCGCAGCCCGUGCCAAUCGGGCCUCCGAACGCUCAGGGCGGGCCCGCAAACAAUGAGCGCCGUCCGUCUGAAGCACCCUCCUCUCUGUCGCCCACGGCCCAGCCUUUCAACGCCCCGCUGCCAACUUCGCCGAGAUCGCAACGUUAUUACGCACCUGGCGAGCAGCGUCCGCCCAUUUCGUCGACGCCCUCCUCGAGCAACGUCAACCCCUCUGCCAUUCCCUCGAAGGGCGACGCCAGCAAUGCCUUCUCCUCUUUCGCUCCGUCGUCCGCAGGUCAAGGCGGCUUCUCGUCCCCCGUCUCUUCGCCCAUCCGGACGCCGGCGUCCCUCGGCUGGGUCUCCUCUGGUGCUAACAGCAACAACGCCAACAGCACUUCGGCCAACACUUAUGGAGCGUUUGAUGCCUUUGCAAUUCCGCCUCAUGGUCUCGGUUCGCUGAAUGGAGCUGCCAACGCUUGGAAUCAGAACUCGAACAACACAUCCGCUUAA